GUGUCCCCUCUGACAUCUUUCCUGCCACUGUGGCUUCACUCAGAGCAUGAGUGAUUAUUUUGCUGGUUUGUAGCUUUAAUCAUUAUUCUGCUGCAGGUAGAGUCUGUGGUUGAGCUCAACCUCAUGGCUCGUUCAUUCAGGCUCUCCUGGCUUUGCACUCUGUUGUGGAGCUGCUUGUGCUUUCCUCCUGAAGAAGGUUACAGUAGUGCACAUGGCUACUAUCUCUAUGAGAGCCCGCAAACCUCUAGCAGAUUUCAUUCUGGACAGUCUUUGAAUACAAACAAUGAGAAUGUUGGACGGCAAAGCUUUGUUUCCCGUCAGCCAGAAGCAUUUACUUAUGAUAAAGGACAGGAUGCUACCGCUGAGAUGAAGCAAAGCCAGCCUGAUAAGUUUCACGGGGCCUCUUCUGCUCCUCUUAUAGAGCAAAAUGAGCAGUCUGGUUAUCACCAUCCCUUUGACCUUUUAGUGAGGGGAAACAUGCAGGAGCCUGUGAAGGGUGUCGCUUUCCCCACAAUGAGUCAUUUAAAGGAGUUUAUAGAAAACAUGAAGCAUUCCUUCUUAGUACCAGGAAGUGACUUGAGUAGACAUUUUGAAACUGCACGGGAAAAAAUGAAAACUCUCGGAACAUCCAUGGACUAUAGACCAACUCCUGAAAAAGGAGGCACUGCCUCUGGUGACAGCAAGAAAAAUAAUGAUCGGAUUGAAGAAGAUGCCAACUACCAAACGCCAAAUAAACUCCUCUCUUUCCCUGAUCCUGUCGACUCCUCUGCAAGUCUCAUUUCUUCCAGUGUUUAUGACAACCAAAAAUUUAGGCCGGGCACCACUUUCUACCCACACGAUCAUUUAGCAGCCACAGGUCUUGCUUCAAGAAAUUUGGCACACGGUUUUCCCUGGGGAAACAAUGACUUAUCUGUGAGUGUGGAUUCAGAACAAUACAAACCACCAAAAAAAACACAAUUUCCCUCCAGCUCCUUUCACAGGCAGGGUUCUUCCUAUAGUAAACAUGUGACUGCACCCCCUGUGAACCCUGCAAACAGCCCAUCUCAAGAUUUCAGCCAGUAUUCAAGUGAGACCUCAAAUUUAACACCUUAUUGGAAGGAUAUGCUAAAUCCAGUACAUGUCUCUCAAAGUAGAGAUCCUUUAAUGAGGUACUGGAGACCACCCAGUGGCUUUGAACUCACUAAAGACUUCCACAGAGCAAGUCAAACUAAUGUCCCAUCUGCAAAAAUCCUACCAUCUGUAUAUUCCUAUGGUAAAAAGCAUCACCCCUCCAUGCAGCAUUAUUGGCCCAAAUACAAGACAAGAAUAGGUGCUUCAGUCCAGGCACGUCAACCUACUGAGAGCAAAGAGUUGAGGACUGUAAAAUAUGCUCCCAACGUCCACUGGCCUCCAUCAAGUGGUUCUGUCUCUUUAAGCUUUAAUGACCCCUUACCCCAGUGGAGAAGAGGUCACAUGGGUUAUCAAAGCAGCCCACAAUACCCGCAAAUUCCUCAUUAUAAGCAAAAACAGAUGGACAGAGCUCACUGGAUGUUUACCGCCAAACCCUUGAGUUUUGUUCCCGGAUACCACAAAGUCAGUGCUGUUCCCUUCGUCCUAAAUGCCCAUGCAAAACAUGAGAAUUCAAACCUCUACAAUCAAAAACUCCUAUCUACCUUUCAGAAACCGCAUUACAAUAGAUUGAGAAAUCCACCCCAGAGUGGGCUCGCAUCUUAUGGAGUAAGAAACCCACUGGGCUCAUUUUCUAAACCACAGAGGCAAACUGUGAGGUCUGAACGUUUACAGCCUUUCAUGCAACCAAACAGGCACAUGCCUCGAGCCAGUGUGAGUAGACGGCCCAGACACUUGGCCAACUGGCGUUCUGAACAGCAGCCUAAACCUACAGGUUUGAUGCCUAAGUGUGUUAUUAAGAGGAACACAAAAAGCCUUCCUCCUCAAGAGUCCCGUAAUACAUCUCCAUCAUCUCUAAAUCCAUACGUUAAAUCUAAAAACCGCUUCACACGGGCCGUAGCAUAUCUGUCAAAGGUCUGUUUCACACCCCGUAUGGUGCAAGGGAAGAAUAAUAACAAUCAGUGGAGACUGGUAAGAAGAUGGCGUGAAUGAAAGGACAUGACAACUCAGUGUGCAGGACCGGGAAGAAUGAUGAACAUGUUUUUGAAGAUAAGUCUCCCUCUACAUUAAGAUGCAUUCAUAUUCCUCAGUCCAGUGAAUAAAUGGAGACUCUGCUCUUUGCCUGUUGCCAUGGUGAAUCUGGUGCUGGAGCUCCGCUGAUGAUGGCUAUUUUUUACUGCUUAUGCACAGGCUUAACUUGAGCUGAACAUAUUCAGCUGAUUGAACUUUCUAGAACCACAAACCCAGAGUUUAGCAGCUCAGCAUUAAUCAACUUGGAGUUUGUUGAACCUGCUUCUAAAACAGAUCCCAUUAAGGCUGUAGUUGAAGUCUUGCUUUUGAAAGUCACUUAAAUGGUAACUUAAGCAUCAAGAAAACCUAAUUAAAGCCACUUGAAAAGCACAUUAGUGGGCAAUGUAAACAAGCAACGCAUGAGUCAUUGUUUGCAUGUGCUUGAAACACGAUGAAGUGUGGGUGAAAGGGGGCGGAGGAAUAUGAACAUGAUCUUCUCUGGACCUCUUCUGGUGGCCUAACAUGUCUUCAGGGGUUAGGAGUAAAGGCUAAAAUCAAGAGAAAGUGAGCCACCGUGUGUUCGUUUCAAGAAAAACCGGGGGUCUACGUGCCAGUGCACAGACUGGAAAUGAUUAACUGUACUGCUUCAACAUGGCAUAAAUGAAGCUGUCAUUAAAGCCCGUAAAAGUAAAAUAAAUUGGGAUAUCAUCUUUUACAUUCAGCGGGGGGUUGGUGGGGGAUGAUCUGAACUUGUUCUCCAAUGUUUAUCAUUGGCAGUGAGUCAUAUAUGAAAGGAUUGCUUCCUUUUGAAAGUAAAAAUGAUCAAAAUGAAUCAGUUUUCUUCACCAGCAUAUGUUUGCCAUCUGACACAAAGAAAAAAU